AUGCACCUACUGCGCAGUCGCUUAGUUGCCCACGGGUACAUCUAUGACCGCAUCACGAGGCCAUCGAUUGCUCGUGGGGUCUCUACAAUACAGAGAAGUGAGCAAACCGUGGUGGUGGUGGGGCAGGAGGAGGGGGACAAACGCCUUACAAAAGUAGCAGAGCUCGUACAUGAACAGGCAGUGCACGUCACGUUCAAAGACGGCGCCACUGCCAAGUUCCACAAGCUGUGGCUGCGUGAUCAUUGCUGCUGUGAGCACUGCAGGCACCCAAAGACGCGCCAACGUCAGGUGGACACAGCUUCCAUUCCAAUGAACUCGCCGUUCCAUCGGUGUGAGGUUACAAAUGCUGGCAAAGCUCUGGUCAUUGAUUGGGACGCGUCUGUACGCGGUAGUCCUUGCACAGCCAGUACGUUCGAAGCCGAGUGGCUACGCACCCAUGCAUAUGCACUAGAAGGAGGAAAUGCCGAGGACUCGGCAACGGUGCCGUACCCAGUGUCGUAUCGACAGCCACGUCUGACAACGAAGAAGUUGUGGGCUGGAGACGACUUUCGGCUGCCUACACACGCUUACAAAGCGUGCGUGGACGACAUUGAGCCGGUUAUGCGAGAUCUCUAUUCCUACGGUCUCGUGCGGGUUGCUGACUCGCCUAGCUCAAUGGAGGACACGGAGAAGCUGGCAACAAAGAUGGGGUUCGUGUUGCGCACAAUCUAUGGCACCAUGUGGACAACGAGACCGACAGAGGAGGCAGAGACUUAUAACGACACGGCGUCUUCGGACCAAGAGCUGCUUCACCACACAGACGGCACGUAUAUGCGCGAACCGCCUGGGCUGCAGAUCUUCAAUUGUAUGGCUCAGGCCGGUACAGGUGGCGAGAGUCGCUAUGUGGAUUCCUUUCACGUAGCUGAGACGCUGCGAGCAGAGGACCCAAAAGCCUUUCGAGUGCUCAGUACGACGAUGCUGCCCUACUUCACUGUGGACAACGACGCCCACUUGGCUACUAUGGAGCCGCUUAUCCGUGUUGACUGGGCUGGCAACAUCGUUCAGUUCCGGCACAAUGACUAUGACCGCGCACCGCUGACACACUUGAGUUUUGCUGAGGUGGGCGAGUUUUACAAGGCCCAUCGCAAGCUACUCGAGAUCAUGCGUCGUUCAGGGAUGGAGUUCUGCACGAAACUGCAGGUCGGUGACACGAUGAUCGUGGACAACCAGCGCGUGACACAUGGCCGCUACGCAUUUCACGGCGGUGAUCGCGCUCUCAUCGGGUGCUACAUUGGCCAAACGGAAUAUGAGAGCCGCUUACGGGUUUUGGGCAUCAUAUAG